UUAACAGCUGACACUUUUUUUCUUCUCCGACCAGGAAGCAUAGCCAACAACAAUCAAGUCGCAUACCCUUUCAUUAUGUAGCUUUACGUGUCAGUCUAUUCGCGGUCUAUGCGUUUGAUUAUGAUACAGAAUAAUUUUUAUUGUAUCAUGUUAUGUUAUCGUUGUGCUGUCAUGUGAUCCUUGGUGACAGUUCAUUGAAUAACCCAACUAGCCAUCCUCACUCGCCUUGUGGUCGCCGCUCCCGAAACGCUCGUGUCGUGUUCUUCUGUGGUGUCCAGGUGGUUUUAUAUUUAGAGGCAGCAGCAGCCAUGAGCGGGGAAGCCGAGGCUCUGCUGGUCGUGAACCAGCUGCGGGAUCUGGCUGCAGACCCCAUGAACCGGAGAGCAAUCGUCCAGGACCAAGGCUGCUUGCCCGGACUCAUCCUGUUCUUGGACCAUCCCAACCCGCAAGUCGUUUACUCUGCCCUGCUUGCGCUGAGGUACUUGGCAGAAUGUCGUGCCAACAGAGAGAAGAUGGAGGGUGAGCUGGGCAUGAUGCUGAGCCUCCAGAACGUCAUACAGAAAUCCACCACCCCGGGGGAGACGAAGCUUCUGGCCUCGGAGGUAUACGAGCUGCUCCAGGCAUCCAGCGGGCCAGAGUCCGACCGGGCUGAAGGAGCUCCGUCUGGUAGGAGGAAAGCCCAGUUCUUUCUGGGCUCCACCAACAAGCGGGCCAAGACAGUGGUAUUGCAUAUAGACGGGCUGGAUGACUCUAGUCGCAGGACUCUGUGCGAAGAGGCCCUGCUGAAGAUCCGCGGGGUUAUAAGUUUCACCUUUCAGAUGGCUGUCAAGAGGUGCAUCGUUCGAAUCCGCUCCGACCUCAAGGCGGAGGGGAAAUUUAUUUUGCAGCCAUGUUCACAGAAUGACACACACAAGAGGCGACUUCCAAAUCUUACCCCACAGAAGCCUAAAGGUUGGGCGCUGGCGUCGGCCAUUGCCUCUACCGAAGUUCUGACAGCCCAGCAGGUGGUGAAGGGAGAGAAUGGCCAAGAGAUUUUGAUCCCCUUCACGGAGGACGGCUCUCUACAGGUGGAGCAGAACGUAGACCUGCCGGACUAUCUGCCCGAGGAGGAGGCCCAGGCCGAGGAGCCCGACAAGGCAGUGACCCGGGUGGGCAACGGGCAGGAUGGCGCUACCUGGCUAGGCACCGCUGCCAACUUCCUGUCUCGUUCCUUCUACUGGUGACCCAGUGGGGCCUCGCCAGCCCCAGGUCCAGAACCUGAGACUGGACGGACCAGCCUGACUGUUACCACGGAGACUUGUUACCACCCGUAUUAUUCCAUGCUGCUGGUCAUGCACACAGACAAGAUCCCUCAUGUACAGUAUGAAUUGCAGCCUGUUUUUGUCUGGCUGCCGUUCCAGAAAAACAGUGUGGAUCUCUGUAAGGAGCAGACCCCCUAGAUUGGAGCAGUAUUCUGUUACACACCAAACUGUAUUGUCCUUGUCAUUACUUUUCUUAAGACCAAACCUUUUUGGAGAUGCAUGUGGAAAUUUCACUUCUCAGAAUGAGGCUUCAAAAACGUAAGGUGUCAUGGAUAAAUAUGUUGACCAAGAGAUAUAGUUGGGUUUCCAGUGCUACAUAACGCUGGCUGGAGCUCUCUGCUGUGCCUUUUGUUAAGUGGUAUUUGGACCUGGUUGCUGUGUUUGGAUUCUGAGUGACAAACAUGUCCCCCUUGAUGGGUUUGAUCUGCCGUGGGCGCGUGCAUUAUCGGGUGGCAGUGCAUCACCUUGGACAUGCCGUGUAUAAGCUGUAGUACAUAAAUACUAACUGGCAAACAAUCUCUAAGACCCUGAGGGAGGAAGUACUGGCCGUCAGAACGGGUUGUAUUACACCAAGUACUUAGUGGCACACUGAAUGACUUGAAGGAUCAUGUUGAUACGGUCCAGGACAGCCUGUACCCUAGCAGGUGAAUGAACAGUAAAGCACCCAGUCAUAAAGUCUCAUUGCAUAAGGUCACAUGGUUAUUUGCCGUUAGUGGGUUGAGGAUCCGGCUCAACUCCAACCAUGCAUGAGAUAAAACCAACGUCCCAUUAUGAAAUUAGAUAGUCUAUCAAGUUUAAUGGUUCAAUUGCUGGGGGACGAAAGGGUGUCAGAAGAUGAACUGAUGAUCAUAUGGAAGAUUGUGUAACACUUUACAAUAAGGUUUCAUGAAACUUUGGUCAACUAUUGAUUAUUUAAUUCAGUAAUAAGCAUUAUUAAAUAGCAUUACCAUAGGAGGUAUUGGGUUAUGGUUAACCCCAUCAAUGAUUUUCACACCAAUAAGUAACGUUUAGUUAAUGCUUAUUAUUGCGUUAACUAAUGUGAAUGCUGAAUAAAUGUAGCCUCGUUGUGAAUGGUCAACAACUAUGGUAACUGUCUCACUUGAUAUGGUACAUUUUUUGUGUGUCUUGAAACCUCUCAUACACCCUAAAGCCCUGGGGAAUAGGAAGUCAAUCAUUCAUACACAGAUCAAUAUUUGUUAUCACUAAAACCAGAAAAGACUCAAACAGACUCCCUAUGCCUUAGGAAUCUGACUGUUUUCGAAAGCUCUCUGGUAUGUCUCCUUAUUGUGCAAUUAUAUAUAAAGAGAUGUGCCAACUCAGUGCAGUGA